AUGGUUCUUCGGCGGGAGCUCAAAGCGCAUCAUCUAGUUACGCCAACAACAACGGUGGCUCCGAUGGGUCUUCGGCGGGAGCUCAAAGCGCAUCAUCUAGUUACGCCAACAACAGCGGUGGCUCCGAUGGGUCUUCGGCGGGAGCUCAAAGCGCAUCAUCUAGUUACGCCAACAACAGCGGUGGCUCCAAGGGAACCUCGGCGGGAGCUCAAAGCGCAUCAUCUAGUUACGCCAACAACAGCGGUGGCUCCAAGGGAACCUCAGCGGGAGCUCAAAGCGCAUCAUCUAGUUACGCCAACAACAGCGGUGGCUCCAAGGGAACCUCGGCGGGAGCUCAAAGCGCAUCAUCUAGUUACGCCGACAACAGCGGGCGGCUCCAAGGGGUCCACGGCGGGAGCUCAAAGUGCAUCAUCUAGUUAUGCCAACAACAGCGGUGGCUCCGAUGGGUCUUCGGCGGGAGCUCAAAGCGCAUCAUCUAGUUACGCCAACAACAACGGUGGCUCCAAGGGAACCUCGGCGGGAGCUCAAAGCGCAUCAUCUAGUUACGCCAACAACAACGGUGGCUCCAAGGGAACCUCGGCGGGAGCUCAAAGCGCAUCAUCUAGUUACGCCAACAACAGCGGUGGCUCCAAGGGAACCUCGGCGGGAGCUCAAAGCGCAUCAUCUAGUUACGCCAACAACAGCGGUGGCUCCAAGGGAACCUCGGCGGGAGCUCAAAGCGCAUCAUCUAGUUACGCCAACAACAGCGGUGGAUCCAAGGGAACCUCGGCGGGAGCUCAAAGCGCAUCAUCUAGUUACGCCAACAACAGCGGUGGCUCCAAGGGGUCCACGGCGGGAGCUCAAAGCGCAUCAUCUAGUUACGCCAACAACAACGGUGGCUCCGAUGGGUCUUCGGCGGGAGCUCAAAGCGCAUCAUCUAGUUACGCCAACAACAGCGGUGGCUCCGAUGGGUCUUCGGCGGGAGCUCAAAGCGCAUCAUCUAGUUACGCCAACAACAGCGGUGGCUCCAAGGGAACCUCGGCGGGAGCUCAAAGCGCAUCAUCUAGUUACGCCAACAACAGCGGUGGCUCCAAGGGAACCUCGGCGGGAGCUCAAAGCGCAUCAUCUAGUUACGCCAACAACAGCGGUGGCUCCAAGGGAACCUCGGCGGGAGCUCAAAGCGCAUCAUCUAGUUACGCCAACAACAGCGGUGGCUCCAAGGGAACCUCGGCGGGAUCUCAAAGCGCAUCAUCUAGUUACGCCAACAACAGCGGUGGCUCCAAGGGAACCUCGGCGGGAGCUCAAAGCGCAUCAUCUAGUUACGCCAACAACAGCGGUGGCUCCAAGGGAACCUCGGCGGGAGCUCAAAGCGCAUCAUCUAGUUACGCCAACAACAGCGGUGGCUCCAAGGGAACCUCGGCGGGAGCUCAAAGCGCAUCAUCUAGUUACGCCAACAACAGCGGUGGCUCCAAGGGAACCUCGGCGGGAGCUCAAAGCGCAUCAUCUAGUUACGCCAACAACAGCGGUGGCUCCAAGGGAACCUCGGCGGGAGCUCAAAGCGCAUCAUCUAGUUACGCCAACAACAGCGGUGGCUCCAAGGGAACCUCGGCGGGAGCUCAAAGCGCAUCAUCUAGUUACGCCAACAACAGCGGUGGCUCCAAGGGAACCUCGGCGGGAGCUCAAAGCGCAUCAUCUAGUUACGCCAACAACAGCGGUGGCUCCAAGGGAACCUCGGCGGGAGCUCAAAGCGCAUCAUCUAGUUACGCCAACAACAGCGGUGGCUCCAAGGGAACCUCGGCGGGAGCUCAAAGCGCAUCAUCUAGUUACGCCAACAACAGCGGUGGCUCCAAGGGAACCUCGGCGGGAGCUCAAAGCGCAUCAUCUAGUUACGCCAACAACAGCGGUGGCUCCAAGGGAACCUCGGCGGGAGCUCAAAGCGCAUCAUCUAGUUACGCCAACAACAGCGGUGGCUCCAAGGGUACCUCGGCGGGAGCUCAAAGCGCAUCAUCUAGUUACGCCAACAACAGCGGUGGCUCCAAGGGAACCUCGGCGGGAGCUCAAAGCGCAUCAUCUAGUUACGCCAACAACAGCGGUGGCUCCAAGGGAACCUCGGCGGGAGCUCAAAGCGCAUCAUCUAGUUACGCCAACAACAGCGGUGGCUCCAAGGGAACCUCGGCGGGAGCUCAAAGCGCAUCAUCUAGUUACGCCAACAACAGCGGUGGCUCCAAGGGAACCUCGGCGGGAGCUCAAAGCGCAUCAUCUAGUUACGCCAACAACAGCGGUGGCUCCAAGGGUACCUCGGCGGGAGCUCAAAGCGCAUCAUCUAGUUACGCCAACAACAGCGGUGGCUCCAAGGGAACCUCGGCGGGAGCUCAAAGCGCAUCAUCUAGUUACGCCAACAACAGCGGUGGCUCCAAGGGAACCUCGGCGGGAGCUCAAAGCGCAUCAUCUAGUUACGCCAACAACAGCGGUGGCUCCAAGGGAACCUCGGCGGGAGCUCAAAGCGCAUCAUCUAGUUACGCCAACAACAGCGGUGGCUCCAAGGGAACCUCGGCGGGAGCUCAAAGCGCAUCAUCUAGUUACGCCAACAACAGCGGUGGCUCCAAGGGAACCUCGGCGGGAGCUCAAAGCGCAUCAUCUAGUUACGCCAACAACAGCGGUGGCUCCAAGGGAACCUCGGCGGGAGCUCAAAGCGCAUCAUCUAGUUACGCCAACAACAGCGGUGGCUCCAAGGGAACCUCGGCGGGAGCUCAAAGCGCAUCAUCUAGUUACGCGAACAACAGCGGUGGCUCCAAGGGAACCUCGGCGGGAGCUCAAAGCGCAUCAUCUAGUUACGCCAACAACAGCGGUGGCUCCAAGGGAACCUCGGCGGGAGCUCAAAGCGCAUCAUCUAGUUACGCCAACAACAGCGGUGGCUCCAAGGGAACCUCGGCGGGAGCUCAAAGCGCAUCAUCUAGUUACGCCAACAACAGCGGUGGCUCCAAGGGAACCUCGGCGGGAGCUCAAAGCGCAUCAUCUAGUUACGCCAACAACAGCGGUGGCUCCAAGGGAACCUCGGCGGGAGCUCAAAGCGCAUCAUCUAGUUACGCCAACAACAGCGGUGGCUCCAAGGGAACCUCGGCGGGAGCUCAAAGCGCAUCAUCUAGUUACGCCAACAACAGCGGUGGCUCCAAGGGAACCUCGGCGGGAGCUCAAAGCGCAUCAUCUAGUUACGCCAACAACAGCGGUGGCUCCAAGGGAACCUCGGCGGGAGCUCAAAGCGCAUCAUCUAGUUACGCCAACAACAGCGGUGGCUCCAAGGGAACCUCGGCGGGAGCUCAAAGCGCAUCAUCUAGUUACGCCAACAACAGCGGUGGCUCCAAGGGAACCUCGGCGGGAGCUCAAAGCGCAUCAUCUAGUUACGCCAACAACAGCGGUGGCUCCAAGGGAACCUCGGCGGGAGCUCAAAGUGCAUCUUCUAGUUACGCCAACAACAGCGGUGGCUCCGAUGGGUCGUCGGCGAAAAUUGAA